GAACAGCUUACAUAAAGGUAUUAAGUUAGUGUAUGACAUUAUAUCAAGCAUAAUGUAAAAAUUACUCGUAUAGUUUAGAAGCCCAUCGGCUGGGCUCUGGAAUGUCUGUUCUGCUCGUGUCACCAUCUGAAAUGAGAGUCUGUAGCGCCACGCUGACAACUGUGGGGAAGAAAAUCUAUACAGAGUGACAACUCCACUAGGACUGUACAACAGGGGCGAGCAGUAGGGCUUCCUGGGGAAUAGUGUCUCUAAUAUUUACCCACAUAAAAAAAAAUUUCUUCUAAUCAACAAAGUCCUUUACUACAUAGCCAUGGCAGCAAUAGAGAAGGCGCUGAUUUACGGCGGGGACACACACUGCGCGCUGUCCAGCAAAGUUUUACGCGUCGUGACGGCUCCAGAGGACUCGAAUUAUGUAGAUCUGAACGAAUUGCUAGACCUGAAACUGGGCGAGGCGAAAGCGGUGCAAGUAAGUUUUACCGGCCAGAAGAACACUCUCCAGUGCGUCCGGCUUCCUUCAGCGGAACAUCUGCCCAGUCUCACGCGCAAAUGUGUUAAUCUGGAAUGCUGGGAGAACGGCAAAACAGAAGGAGCAACAGAAACAAAAACAGCUGGCUCUUCUGAAGGACCACGGCUCAGUCAUGAAAACGUCGUGGACUGUCUCGAGUUGCUCAAAGAACCCGAAUCACCGGACAAUUUGGAAAAAGAGACCAGAGUACUCGACGAUGGUGAUUUACAGGGCACGGAAUUGUAUUUCAGCGAGAAAAGCGAGUCGGACGACGAAGUGAGUACGGUGAUCGCGGAUUACUGCGAACACGAAAUGGCCGGUGAUGAGGCUCACUACAUCACCACGCACGAAAUUCAGCUGUCCGAACUUGACCACGACGUGGACUGUGACUUGGAAACAGUAUCCACUUGGGAUAUCGAUGACGACCACCAGGUUUAUUCGUUCGUGGACUACGCAUCUGUCGACAACGACGAACCCACAGAAGUACAAGUGGAAAACAACAAGGACGAGGCUCACAGAAGCACUGCAGUGACAUGCAGUCAAGCAGAAAGUGAUCUGGGCGACAGGAGCGCCACCUCAGAAGAGAAAGCGCCUGAGUGCCAAGGCAAACGCACCGGCCACAUUCACCUGUCAAUCAAGGCAACUUCCAGAGCUAUAAACAAGCCUAGCAACGUCCAAGAAAAGGAUGGAGGCCAUCAUCAUUAUGCCAUUUACACUGGAGACAUGAGCCGUUGUGUUUUAAAGGACACAAAGGGGGAAAAUGUGUCUGAUGGAGCAAAGUGUUUGAUUGCUCUGCCCGGGCGUUUGCACUUUGGCAACAAAUUCAAAGGCAAAGAUGUCACAGGGUACUCCAGUGGCACAUCCAGCGCUGUUAGCGAGUUGGAUGAUGCCGAUAAGGAAGUGCGCAACCUCACGGCCAAAGCUUUCAAAAGUCUGGCCUACCCGUAUCUCGAUGCCAUCAAUUUUAGCACUUCCAGUGAGUCUUCAGCUUCAGAGCGCAGCAAAGGGCUCAACAGGUGGUCAGCACUUGUUGAUCUAAAGUAUGGCAACGUGAACGUGUCCAAAGGAGGCGGUCACAAUGCAGCGGCCCAUCAAAAUGCCUCGUCUAAUUUUCAGUUGGCAAAAUGGAGGGAGAGUAAAGGGAUAACGGGAUUAACUUUGACCAGUAGGAGAGCGCCCCCAGUCGAGAUAUUUGCUUUGAACGGCAAUCUAGUGAACCCCAAAAACGCAUCUUUAACCCAAGAAAAGGAGCUCAUGGGUAAAAUUGGACAGGGUCAGAGUGGUGUAAUAAGGUUAAGUGAAACGCUGAAUUUUUGCUGCAACGUUAAAGCGCCUGCAAACGAAAGGCGCGUGAAAUCCGCCCGAACCGCGGGAGGAUCACGUUCCGCAGAUGAGGUUACAAACCCUCGGCAAAAGGCGCACAGCAAGACACCGUGCAAUUCAGAAGAAGCCAUGGAGGACGUGCACAAGAAAUCCAUAUUUGCUUCUAGCAUACUAAAAAAUGUCAUUUCGAAGAAAAUGCAGUUCGAGCAGGAGCGCAAGAUGGAGCGGGGAGAGAUCAUCGAGCCCGAAGCGCACCGAGACAAAACUGCGCUUACAGGAUUUCACAGACAAAGCUCCAAACACUCCGAGACUGAAUCCGACUUCAGUAUCGUCUGUCUGGAUGAACUCGGAGACUUCGUAGACAGCGGGUCCUGCAACGCCAAGGACAGCGAACGCCUCGAAGAACAUAUCGCUCUCGCAUCAGAAACCAAUUUAGAGUCGCAAAACUGCGCGGCAUUCGACGCUAAAAAAGGAGCUGCGGACGCGUCCAGAGGCGCACUGAUUCGAAGCCAAAAUAGCGCUUUCAGAAGCUGGAGGGACGAAGAGCUAGAAGUUCAAACUGAGCGCAAAAACAAGCAAACGUCCGAAUCAGACUCUACGAACAGCAAGCUUACAAAAAUGUCGCACUUAUUUGUGCCAAGCAUCCAACUCGUGUCCGGUGAGAGGGAGCUCGAGAAGCCUAAGCCGAGCGCGGAGAAUAACCGAGAAGUGAGGAGUAUGAACACUCUGUAUGUAUCAGGCGCUGCACAAAAACCAGGAACGUCGAAGUCGCCGGAAAUUAAAAUAAGUUUACGGAGUCUAAGAGACAACCGGAGCGACCCGUUCAGCAUCGCUAAGCUCCUUGCUCCCAAUACAGGCUGCAGUGCAGGUGGCUUGACAAAAUCAAACGAUGAGCCCAAAUAUCAAGCGCUCACUGCUGCAAUGAAGGGUGACUCUUCAGACAGAAUCCCACACUUCACGGUUAGAGAUGUUCGAGACAAGACAAAGUUGCAAGCGCCAAUACACCAGGUUAGAGACGUGCGCAAACUGGUUAAGAGCUCCUAUCACUUUGUAUCUUUGGAUAACAACAGCGCGGACAUGGAGCACAAAUCCUCCAUACAGAACGCAUAUCAGAAUCAGACAAGCCUUCCCCCUAUCGUGAUUAAGUGCCAUUCGGUGAAUACAAAUAGCACUGCGAAGCAAUCCGAAAAAUUCUCAGAUUCCUCGGACCAUAAACCGGUCGAAGAUAUCCAAGAGGCUGAUGGGUCACAUUCUCAGGUGACUGUAGAUGGCAUCACUACGGAGUCGGAACAAAUAAGUAACCCAACAGACCAAGUGCACGUAAAGGAGGAGGGAAUCCCUGAAAUAGGAAUUGAGGCAAAAACCAGCACAAGGAGGCAAGAGAAAAUGUGUGACACAGGUGAGAAAAAGGCUGAUCCCAAGAUGGCUGCUCUGGAGAAACUUCAAGCUGCUGUUAAGACAAUGGAACAGCUCUAUGUAUUUGACAAAAAUGAGUGGAAGAGAAAAUCCAAGCCACAACCCAUAACUGACAGCCAUGUGCUUUCACUCCUAAGUAGUGAGCAUCACGGAUGUAAUGAGCAAGACCAGGGUAACACUAGUUCUUCAUCUGUCACCAUGAGGCAAGACUCAUUCUCAAACCCAGAUAAACUAGUCACAACUGGACAGCAAUCGACACGAAAAGAAGAGAAGGAAACGUUUAAAACAUCACAGACGCCUGUCAUCCAUGACAAAUUAAAGGACAGCAAAACUCUGAUGCACCUUGGCGAAACUCAGAAUAAGAAGAUUUCUAGCCUAAGCCACAGUCAGAAAUCUUUUGUCCCUGUCACAACAAGUUCAGUGAAGGCCCUGCAGAUGCAUGGCUCGUCCUCAGCAUCUGUUAGUUCGAUAGCUGUGAAGAACCCUAAGUCGUCGAAGCUACCAGUGUCUUUAAAUAUUACCCAGUCAAAGCCUGUCACAGAGAAGAGAGAAGAGCUAAGUAGCAAUGCAGGCAAAUCUAACAAGGCAGGAUUUGCCCCAGUUCAGUUCACAUCUUCGGUUGAUUCAGAGAAUUACAUAACUAUACCUGUGAAACCUUAUGCCACUAAUGCCCAACAAUCUCACGUGCUACACAGUAGCAACACCAAAAGCCAAGGAGAAAGCCAUCAGCCCCACAAACACUCAAGUACCGUUAUGGAGACACGUUCCCCAGAUACCCCUACUGCUACGAUCUACCAUCACCCUCUGCCCUUUACUAUGCAUGCAGCACAGCCACAGGUAAUUUGUUUUUCUCCUACAGUGCAGCCAUCUCCAGUCCCCACAGACCACUUUCAGUCUACACAGAAAAAAAUGCUCCUAGAUCCCACUACUGGAAACUACUAUUUGGUUGACACUCCCGUCCAACCGGCCACAAGACGACUUUAUGACCCAGAAACAGGGCAGUAUGUUGAUGUCCCCAUGCCACAACCUCCUCCAAUGACCCCUGUACCUGUGCCUAUCUCCCCUCUUGCCCUUAGCCCUGGAGGUUAUGGUCAUACCUACAUGUUCUACCCAGGAUACAUGGCCUCCACAAUGAUUCCUGCUCAGACUUUCCAGUCUCAGCUUUCCAUGCAGUCAGAGGUAGAAGCAGGAGACAAAUCCCAUGCAGGGCAGCAGGGAGAUGGUGCCUACAUGGAAAGUCCUUAUUAUAUGCCCUCUGGGAAAUCUCUGCAAUUAACACCAGGUGCUCAGCAUGUACCCACUGGCAGGGUGGCUAACAGCAAGGUACCUGUCAUUAGCAUCACCUCCCAGCAAGGGCCCAGGAUCAUCGCACCUCCCUCCUUUGAUGGUACCACCAUGAGUUUUGUGGUGGAGCACAGAUGACUGCCUGGUCGCUUACAAUGCAGAAGCUGCCUAUAAUACGUCCAGUCAGCACUUCCAAGAUCUGAUGUGUCUAUUUUCUUUUAUCGACCCAUGUAAUGUUUGUCCAUGGUUUCCUUCAGCAAGAAGAACGCUCCCAUUAUCAUUCUCCACUUGCUUCAUCGUGUAAUGUAAUUCUUUUUUUUUUCUUUUCCUCUUCUGUUUGCAGUGCAACUAUGCAAUGUCUGUUUCUUUGUAUAGCUCUUUUGCACCUUUGAGAAACUGGUUGAAAAUGAUUUUGAAAGUGAGAGUGAGGACUUAAUGCUAUAGCAUCUCAGGAUAAAGCAAAACUCAUUGGGUCACCUAUUAAAUUUUGUCAAGUCAUGAGGAAUCCGAAAGAAAGGCUUUUCUUCUUUCUGGACAAUUUAAUAGAAACUCUUAAAGGGUAAUAUUAAAACUUUUCCUAUCUAAGAGUAAUUCACAAAACAAAUUAGUGCCAUAAUUCACUAAAAAAGAACCACAGGCAAAUGCUUACUGCUGGUAAUUAAUGGCAAGAAUCAGGUUUGUAUGUAUGAUAUGUAAAAGGACACUGAGGUUUCGAACUGUGUCAUUUGCAUGUGAAAUGUACGUUUUUCUCAUCUUUUAGGUUAUUGAAUGCAGCUGAAGAUCAGUGUGUUACCUUGCCACAUGAAAACAGCUGUUAGAUGAGCAACAAAUAUCAUCAGAUUACUUUAAACAGAAUGCUAUUACAGAUUCAUUGUCGGAAGAUGGCAUUUAAUAAUGAGUUAUCAAUAGUAACUGGCUGAUGUACAGGUCUUCCUGAUGAAUGCGUGAAAGAAAAACGUCACAAGUAAUACGAAUAUUUGAAUGAAACAGUCAUUAAUUACAUUACUUUAUAAAAAAAAAUGUAAAUGCUGCUAAUUCAAAUAUUUCUUUAUUGUGUAUAUAUUAUAUUUAAUCAAUAUUGAAUGUGUUUAUAUUGAAUAUUGACAUGGCUACAGAAUGAGCGGCAAUACUCACCAAUUAUAACAAUUUUGAGUGUGAUAUUGCUUUUAUACAACAGUUCUAUGAACUAGAAAUGAAUAUUGUGUAUAAGUGACAUUAAUAUGAACGACGAUUUCAUACACAGGAGAUGUUCCGUUGAUUUACAACUCCUCAACAGAAAUAGAUCCUGAAGAAAUAGAUCCAUAUGAACUCUAUAGCACACUAGUUAGCUGCUAGCUAGCUCACACUGAUUUGUACAUUCCCAUAAAAUGGGCUUCGGGUGAAACUGGUGUCCCGACUUCCUUUCCAUCUAUCAUAUUUGAAAGUUAUGUUCCUAAAAAGCACCUUAAGUCAUGUCGGUUGACGACGUCACCAACGCUGCUGUAGUAAAUGUUUCAAACUAGACAGGGAAAUUUUACAUGGUGAACUCAAACAGACUGAGAGAUACAUACAGUGAAGAGUCUUGGUGCAGAUAUAGGAAAGGCACUCUUGGAACACAGCUUGACCAAUCAAAUUAGUGGCCUGGAGCUAACAUAUGCAUAAAUAUGUUUAGAUUAUAAUAUAUGUUCUAUGUUUAGAUUAUUAUUAUGGCAGGGGUCAUGAGCUGGCGGACCGUGUUCCGUAUGUGGACCCAGCUAACAAGCUAAAUACUUGAAAAUUGUAGCAGAUAAACUUAUAAGAAAAUACCUGACAUUAGGUUUAGCGAUUCUAGUUUUCCAAAACCAGCUUAGCUUUCUAAGCAGAUCAUUCACAUACAUUCAUGUAAAUUGUUUAGCUGAAAGCAGAUAAUUGGACCAGAGCCUAUAGCUACAGGGCUAGAGACAGUAGGUCUGAAAAAGGGAGAGUUUUUACAGAUUUAUAUUUCACAUGCUCAGUCCCUGUUGUGUAACUGAACCUUCACGUAUAUAUUUUAAUACCCCUGCCCUACAUAUAAUCUAGCUAAAUACGAAAUAUGUAAAAAAAAUAUAUAUAAUUACAUGUACUUUAAAAUUGAUUAAUACACAUUAAUACAGGUAUAGGCUGACAAUUUGGCACAAAAAUAUAUUAAAAUAUAUUUAAUGUGAGCAUUUAGAGGAUUGCAUACAUGUAUGUAAUUACUCUCAUUUGAUUUUUUUUAUGACCGGUGCAUUUGUCCUCUUAUACUAAUACCAGAUACCAUCACUGAAAAUAUUCAAACAUGAACAUUCAUACCAUCAUCAGCCCCACCCUUCCUUUUGGUUUUGGUAUUUCUUAGUUAAAUCCCCCCUCCGAGGUUUUACGAAUAUAGGUUUUUAAGAUGGAAUGCUCAAUUAGGAACUUUUAGUGCCAGUAAGGAGAGAUCUUAAGAGGAAAUAUGAGAUGAUUGUGAUUAUGGCUCCAGGUUGGUGAAAGAAUGCUUAAAAUGAAGUAUUUAUAGCCUAAAAGUAAGUAUUUUUGAACAGUACUGUGAACAUGUUGACCAUAAAACAAUGGAAGGAAAAUAAUUGCCCCUUGUAUCCCAUAUUCUUUUAUUGAAACUGUUUUAUGGCUUGGCUUUCAUUACUCUUUCCUAAGAGGUGUUUUUAGAUUUAGUAAGUUUUGGAUUACAGUACCAUGUGGUACUGUAUAUUUAUGUUGUGUUCUGUUGCACAGUGUACUGUGAGCUCCAUCACUAAACACAUACAGAGGUUUGUGUUGAUUAAUAUGGUGGAGAACGAGAUGUUUUAGGGGACAGACCUCCUCUAUGGAUCUUAAUCACAGUGCCAAGACAAUUUCUGUGGUUUGUGUAAGUCAUUUUUAAGAUCAGCCUUUCUGGAAAGGGUGAUAAAAGCACAACAAUAAAAAUAGUUUUUAAUGAAGAAAUGAGAUAUAAGGUAAAAUUAUUUUUAACUUUAUUAUCUAAACUGUCAAAUGGCAUAAUUCACAGUGAGGGAAGAUGUACGGUGGUCUCUCGACUAGAGUUUUGUUACAGUCCGUUAAAUAUAUGAAUUUUCUUUAGCUGACCAGAUCAGAAAUGGGCAAAUACAGAAAUCAAUAACAUUAGCUUCUACACUGACUGACACUUUAUUAGGAACACCUGUACACCUGCUCAUUCACGCAAAUAUCCGUUCAGCCAAAUACGUAGCAGCAGCGCAAUGCAUAAACUCUUGCAGAUAGAGGUCAAGAGCUUCAGUUAAUGUUCAUAUCAAAUGUCAGAAUGAAGAAAAAAUUCAUACUGAGCUCAGUAACUUUGACUGUGGCAUGGUUGUAGGUGCCAGAUGGGCUGGUUCGAGUAUUUCAGGAACUAGAGAUCAACAGUUUCUGAAAUAAUCAAACCAACUCAUCAAGCACUAAAACCUAUAAACUUACUGAGAUCACAUUCCUCUCAUUCUGAUGUUUACUCUUUAACCCUAUCUGAAUGUGUUUUUUAUGCGCUGUGCUUUAUAGUUCCAGUUACAAUUUAAUAUUUAAAUUUUCAUUCAUGAAAAAGUGUACUGAGCCAAAAACAUAUAACGAAUCCUGUAAGAGGGAAUCCUGUAAGAAAACUGUAAGAGGGGCUACUUUUAGUAAUAAACAAUAAACAAUAUAGAAUUAUCAGGUAACAAAAUUCGAAUUUAGAGUUUGUAUUUAUUACAUAUUUGGGCCCUCUGCUUUCCUGUGAUGCUGUAGUAAUUUUGUAACUAGUUUAGUAACAUGUUAUUACACCAAGUUCUUUAAAAUCUGUACGGAGCUGCUGGUCAGUCCGCUGUGUUGUAAUAACUUUUGAUUGAAAUAUCUCUGAAUAUUUGGAUUUAGUUUAUAAUUUAGCUUUUAAUUUAGUUUAAAGUAGUAGUAAUAGCCUCAAAGUAGCAUGUAGAAUAGUUUUUUUUUUUUUUAAAUGAUGCACCUGCUGCUAAUUCAGUAAACCACUAUCCAAUAGGGAGUAUUUCAUCAAUUGUUAGAGCCACAGUUUCUUUUGAAGUGAAUGUUAGACUGAAUGUGAGACUGAAAUGAGUAAGUUAUGUUGAGAGGGUAAGUGGAAUCGUGUCAGGUGGGAAACAGGAUAAAUAGAGUAACGAAAGCAACAAUGAAUGUGUUACAAGUGAAAUGAAUGCAAAAGGAGGAACAUUUUAGUUCCAGAAAAUGUUUUUAUUGUCGCCAUAAAAUAUGAAAUUGUUCUUGGAGUGAUUGCUUGUUUCUGAGAACAUAUAGUAAUUUGUUCAAUAAAAUAAUGCAAUUUUCCAACAUUUGUUUCAGUCAUUAAAUGAAUCAAUGCAUCUAUUUGUAAUUUCUUUUGCAAGUUAAUUAAGUGAUGCUGGUACUACAAAAAAUUGUAAUGAGCUACACUCUAUGGCCAAAGGUAUGUGGACACCUGACUAUCACCUGGCUAUACCCAUAUGUGCUUGUUGAACAUCUAACUCCAAAAUUGGUCUCCUCCUUACUGUUAUAAUAACCUCCACUCUUAUACAAAGUCUUUUUGGAGCUUGGGUGUGGGGAUUUCCCAUUCAGCCACAAGAGCAUUAGUGAGAUCAAGGCACUGCUGUUGCGUGACACAGCCAGAGUUCCAGUUUAUCCCAAAGGUGUUCAGUGAGGUUGAGGUCAGGGCUCUAUGCAGGACACUCGAGUGCCAACUUUGGCAAACCAUUUAUUCAAGGGGAUCUCUUUGUGCACUUCCAGUGAAGGGAAAUUGUAAUGCUACAGCAUACAAAUAUAUUCUAGACAAUUGUGUGCUUCCAACUUUGUGGCACAUGUUACAGAAGGCUCACAUGGGUGGGAUGACCAGGUGUUAUUGGCCAUACAGUGUAUUUUACACCUUCCCAAGAAUGUAUGACCUUAACCAACAUUCAUUUCCUGAUAGAGUGUCUCCAGUGUUCAGGGAGACUGACGACUGCGGAAAUGGAGUCAGAAUGCUAAUUUGUAAUGAAGUGCUAAUUUGAAAUACAAAAGUUUGUUACUCGGUCCCAUGUAGUGCUGUGAAUUUUAGAGUGCAUAUUUUCAGAGUCAUCUCCUCAACAUAAUAAAAAAGGAUUUCGU